AUGGUGGUGGGCCAUGGAUGUGCGCGUAUGGCGCUGCAUUGGGCAGCGCUGGUUGCGUGCGCGCUGGUGGGGGCAUUGGCGCCGGAACGGCUAGAACCGUGCACUGGCAGCCCAUUGUGCUCCUGCCGCGUUGCACAUAUGUCCUGCAUUGCCGUACCACUACACAGAUUCCCAGAAUGGCCACGGAUAGAACUACAACAUCUAGAUAUAAGCAUGUCUAAUCUAGAAGUGCUGACAGAAAGUGCUUUGGACGGACUGAGAUUGCAAACAUUAGUCUUAGUUGCAAAUAAAUUACAUUACAUCGAGAUGCACGCAUUUAGCUCCAUGGCUAGUACUCUUGCAUCUUUAGAUCUCGGUUACAACGAAUUCACUGAAAUACCACAGCAGGGCUUAAGAGACUUAAAAGUUUUAAACUGGUUGAAUCUGCAGAACAACAAUAUAGUAAACUUAGGACCAGAAAUCAAAUGGCAUCAUUUAGAAGAAACCUUGACGAGUUUAUCUUUGGGCAACAACCAGGUGACCCAAUUGAAGUCUCAAGCACUGACGUCACUAUAUCACCUUCUGCAACUUGACCUGGAGGGAAACCACUUAAGAUCCAUUACAGCAGACUCCUUACCGCUUUCCUUAACACUUCUCAAGUUGUCCAACAACUUUAUACAUGAAUUAUCCUGUGAUUUACUUUAUAGUCUACCUAGGUUACAAUCUGUACAUGUGCGUCAUAAUUUUAUUAGCUUCAGAGAUAACUUUGUUUGCCCUAGUAAUAGAACAAAAAAGAUUGAAAAGUUUGAUUUGAGUAAUAACAAAAUUAACGACACUUCUCAAAUACUUUUACUACGGGAUGUCCAAAUCAGACAAAUAAUUUUAGACCUAAACGAAUUAACUACCAUUCCGAAAUCGGUUUUCACAUAUAACAGGAUAGAAAAGUUGUCCGUAUCAUACAAUAUGUUGACUUCAAUAAGCCGAGACCUAUUUAUGUCGUUGAAAAACUCACUAGAACAUCUGGAACUAGAGCACAACAAAUUGUUCUAUUUGCCGGACAGCUUGGCUCAGGUCGUUCGACUUCGUCAUUUAUCUUUAGCUUACAACCAGUUAGAAGAAUCGCCCGCUCUCCCAAGAAGGAUUCAGACGCUCUCGAUAGCGGGCAACUUUUUAACUUCAAUACCCUCCGCACUUCAAACGCUCGAAUCUGGUUCUAUUCGUUAUCUCGACUUGAGCUACAACAGGAUAUCUAAUUUGUUACCAAACGAAUUUCUAGACUGGUCUACCUCUCUUGGGACUAUCAACUUAAGAGGUAACAGGAUUGCACAGAUCUAUAAGAACGUUUUCCCGGCAACUAUGCCAUUGAAAGAGAUAAAUCUAAGUUUUAACGACUUAUACUACGUGCAUCCACAAUCUUUUUCGAACGUGACUAGUUCGCUUCAUGUAUUAGAAUCGUCUUCUACGCUAUUUAGCGGUUAUUUUCCUUUCGAAAUUGAAGAAGGGCUUGAAAAUCUCAGUUGGCUAUCGUUUGAUAAUAAUGAUUUUCAUAUUCUAAAAUUGUCGGAUAUGGUUGCAUUUUCAUAUCUCAAAUAUUUAAAUUUGGAUUAUAACAGGAUUGUUGAUGUCGUUAUAAGUGAAUACUAUAAUAAUUCUUCACUCUCUUUAAGCAACUUGAGACUUGCGUAUAAUUUUUUGGAUUCACUCCAUAGCAGAAGUUUUACAUACAUGCCGGAGUUAAGAAACUUAGAUUUAUCUUAUAACAGAAUCAACAACUUAACUAAGCACACUUUCGCUAAUUUACCAAACUUAAGAUAUUUAUCUCUUGCGGGCAAUAUAAUCGAUUCGAUGGAAACUGAGACGUUUGCUAAUUUACCAAAAUUAGAAAUAUUAGAACUCCAAGGGAAUAACUUUACGUAUUUAUCACUAAACCCAUUUCAUAACAUAUCUAAUAUAGACAUUACAUUCACGUUGAACGUUAGCAGAAACCGUAUCAAGUACAUUGAUGGGGACUCUAACAUCUCUGUUAAUAUAUUUGAUGGAUCCUAUAAUGAUCUGUACGAAGUGCCAAACAUUUUUUUUGUAGCAGUUGAGACAUCAAUUAGGCAAAUUAUUUUAUCGCACAAUGACAUUGCCCAUAUCUCAAAUGAAGCCUUUGGGAAUGCAAUUUAUUUGGAAAUACUUGAUUUACAUAAAAAUAAUAUUACUAUCAUUAAGAGGAAGUCUUUCACAGACUUAAUAUCUCUACAGAUACUGGAUCUAUCAUUUAAUAAGAUUUCUCAAUUAUCUGUUGAGCAGUUUUAUAAUUUAAAUAAGUUAAGGUAUUUAAAAUUAGAUCAUAAUAAUUUACGUUUACUACCAAGAGAUGUAUUUAAGAACACUAUUAUAGAACAUUUGGAUAUGAGUUACAAUGACAUGCCUCUCUUUCCCGGCACGGCUCUAUCGCAAAUUGGUUUUACCCUUAGAUACCUUGACUUAUCGCACAAUCGCUUAGAAUAUUUAGACAGUAAUAUAUUCCGAAGUACGCAGUUUCUAUUGAAUUUAAAUUUAGGACACAACCUAUUAACAGUAUUAUCGGAUAACACUUUCUCGAGCCUCGGCGGACUGCGUCAACUGGACCUGAGCUCUAACUCCAUAAAAGCAAACUUCAAAGAGUUGUUUCAUAACCUUCCUAGCUUGAGGCAUUUGAAUCUUGCAAAUAUAAGCUUAAAGUCAGUGCCUUAUCUACCUUUGACAAACUUAACUAGCCUCAAUUUGACGUCAAAUUACAUUAACAGUUUUAAGGAAAUCGAUGUAAAGCGGUUAGCAAGUCUUCGCCAUUUAGAUCUAAGUCAUAAUCGUCUUACUUCUUUAGUGCCAAAGAUGUGGUUUCACUUAGGUAGUUUAAAUAUUCUCGACCUGUCACAUAAUCCUAUUGUAAGAAUCACGCCAAAUAGUUUCAGAUGGUUGAGUAAUCUAUCUCAUUUGAAUUUAAAUGGACUGAAAUUCUUAGACAUAGUUGACCAGGAUUCCUUCCGUCCCUUGAUAUCGCUACGGUCAUUGCAUAUCCAAUCGUGGUCUACUAUAAAUCAUUCCACGUUCCGCAUUUCCAAUAUCACUUCUUCCCUCCCCACCUUGUACAAAUUAGUGGUACAUUGGACAGAUGAGAUCAUGGACAAUCAAUUACAUGGGAUCGAUGCAAGAAACAUUCGUUAUCUAGAAAUUAGGGGAACGAAUCUGAAAAGAAUAUCAGAUGAAGCUUUUCAACCAUUUGCCGAUAGUCAAGAGAUAUUUAUCAGGAUAACAAUGACUUCGCUGACAAAAUUGCCAACAGCGUUUAUGAAGCACUUGGGACAAGUGCCGCAACUCGGCAUUGAUUUGAGCUAUAAUCAACUGACGACUCUUAAUCCUGCCAUUUUCUAUCCUAAUUUCACAAGCUGGAGUCAUGUCGCCACAAAAUUAUUCUCAGGAGGGCUGAUACUGACUGGAAAUCCUUUACGAUGUGAAUGCGAGCUAGCAUGGCUUGGCGCGUGGCUCCGACGAUGGCUACAGGAGAAUGAGGCAGGAGCAGAGCUACGUCGCGCUGUUCGGAGUGGUACCUGCAAAGAUCCUGCAGGAAGACGCGUGUUUAUCCUCCAGUUGCGCGCUGACGAAGCAGAGUGCCAUGCCAGCGCACUUUCCAGCGACGCUCAGCCACACUACACCCGUGCUGUUUAUACCCUUGCUAGCGCUCUCUGGGCUCUUUUACUCAGAUGA